GACUUACAAGACUUCAACCAAGAGCAAAGAUCAUACGGACCGCUCUGACAGACAAUGACGAAGAGUAGAUUGCGUACAUGAGAACAUUACGAGUUCGCUCUGGAAGCUUGGACCGAUUACUGACAACUGAUCCACUGUUCGUACAGAAACUUCUGACUGUUUGCUAACUGUCAAGUCAGCAGAUUAUUGUCUAGUAAAUUGUCAGCUCGAAAUCAAGUACAAUCAUUAUUCGAAUGUAAUAUCUUUCAGCAUGAGUUAAGACAAAUUUGGAAAAGUACGUGUAUUUUGAUUCUCUUUCGCCAGUCGUCAGCUUGAAUCCUACCGUAUUUUUCCUCGUAAAUAACGGCGACCCUGGUCCAGUUGAGGAAGUUCAUGACAUCAAGGAAGGCCUUGUUAAGCAGCUGGUGUGCUGGAUGAAGAUUGAUGGAGAACUCGCGACGAUGCGCCAGAUCACGGACGUCUGCGUCAGGCCGGGUCUCCAGAUGGGGGAUGUCCAGGGAGUCACAGAUGGAUUGGAUGUGUGCGCCCAGCAUAGGGUCCGAUGGACCGAAUACGGCGUAAACACCGCUCCCAACUAGUUGACACGCUGAAACCAAGAAAAUUCAGGUUCAUUUAUUGAUCCAGCAAGAUCUACAUUGUAGACGUUGGAUAAGUAGGUAUAUACAGAUUAAAAUAUAGAUAAAAUGAAGUAACUGAAAUACA